AUGCUUACACUGCUUUUUGUAAGUCGCCAUGGUCUCAAAGACCUUCGCUAUUAUUUUGCUGUUGUUAGUCUUGGUCACCAUCAGCAGCGCAUGCCAUCCGGGAAAGCACAAGCACAAGAAAUGCAAGGGAAAAGGAUUCUGACCUACACAUUUUUUGUUGGAAGAGGCCUUGGUCGAAUUCGUAGCGGAGCCAUGAAAAGUCAGCGAAUUGUGAAGAUUACUACUAUUAUUAUGAUGACUAUGAAGAUCACCAUAAGCAUCAUAAACAUCACAAACAUAAGCAUCAUCACCAUGGUCCUGGCUCGCGAGAGGCAAGAGGCUAAUGUACGCGCAACACUAAAGGCUCAGAAGGAUAGAUUAUAA